AAUGUUCCGGAAUUCUAUUCCUUGAAAAAUAUGAAUAUGAGUGAACUGAAGAUACAUGUUUUUGCAGGAAAGUAAUCUUUUAGACACUAAAAUGAUCUAUAAAAUAAUUAUGGACAUUAUAGUGUGAAAGCAUUGGAUCCCAGACAAAGAACUCCAAUAUGCGCGAGGCAUUACGCUUGGCCUUGGUGGAUUAGUAUCAGGUUGGGAGACCUCCUGAGAAGCUUCAUCAAGGAUAUGCCUCGGUCACGCUCAAUUCAAAACGAGAGGCCAUUUGUAUGUAGCCUUGAAAAUUGUAAGGCGAGCUACAGAAGAAAGGAUCAUCUGAAUCGUCACCUUCUACAACAUCAAGGGAAAACUUUUAAAUGUCCUAUUGAGAAUUGCAAAAGUGGCUUCUCAUUGCAAAGCAAUUUGAAAAGACAUGUUGAAGAGAUGCAUGAUGAGAAUUCUACCCCUCCUUGUAGUGGUGAAAAUCAGAAGCAGUUUGUAUGUCCUGAAAUUGGCUGUGGUAAGGUUUUCAGAUAUGCAUCACAACUACAGAAGCAUGAAGAUUCUCAUGUUAGGCUUGAAACAAUUGAAGUGGUGUGCUUAGAGCCCGGUUGCAUGAAAUUUUUCACCAAUUCCGAGUGCCUUAAAGCUCAUGUUAAAUCCUGCCAUCAAUAUGUGACCUGUGACACUUGUGGGACUAAGCAACUGAAGAAGAACAUGAAGAGGCAUCUCCGCACACACGAAGCCAGCAAUUCAUCCGAAGCAUUUAAAUGUGAAUUUGAGGGUUGUGACAGCACGUUCUCAACUAAAUCUAAUCUUCAUAAGCAUGAGAAGGCUGUACACUUUCAAGUAAAGCCGUUUGUGUGUGGAUUUCCUAAUUGUGGAAUGAGAUUUGCUUACAAACACGUGAGAGAUAAUCAUGAAAAGACUGCAAAACAUGCUUUUGCCCUUGGUGAUUUUGAAGAAGCUGAUGAAGAAUUCAGGUCAAGGCCAAGGGGAGGGGCGAAGAGAAAAUGUCCUCCCACAGUAGAAAUGUUGGUUAGGAAGAGAGUUGCCCCACCUAGUCAAUUAGAGAACUUGCUAUUUGUGCAGGAUUGUCGGUAAGAUGGAUCAUACUUCUCUCUCUAGGCUAAAAGUUAUGUGGUGAGAGAAAGCAAAGAUGCAUGAGGAUGAAAAUCCUUUUGUUUAUUAUCAAGAAUAAGAUCCAAAGCUACUUGAGAGUCAGAUUCCAUGAUGAUAGACCUAUAACCAAGAUCCCACGCCAACUGAAGACCCUUCCAAAUAGCUGAAAGUUCAGCAAACAAAUUUAGUAGCUCUUCCACAAGAUCCGGAAAAACCAUGAAUCCAAUUCCCCCUAUUGUUUCUCAAAAGACCUCCAAAGCCUGCAUUACCAGGAUUAUCAAAAGAAGAUCCGUCCACAUUGAUUUUAAUAAAGUCUUCCGGUGGAGGAUUCCAACGCACCUGGCGGAUCACAUGGCGUUUAUUUGUUGGGACAAGAGCAAGAACCAUGGAAGAAUGGUAGGAUAUUAUAAUUUUAGGUUUAACUACAAUUUUCGUCCCUACAUCAUAUUUUUAAACAAAACAUAUGGUGAUAUGACAUGUUUUAAAUAAUGUGGUAUAUGAUAAAAUAAAAUCAAUGAAAUUGUAAGAAAUUCUUCUUAAAACAAUUUAAAUA